GGGAAGGCAUUAUAUUAGGUUUGUUUUCCAGGGAUACUAACAGUGCAUCUUGCUGCCUGUGUUUGGGUCACAUCCAGGAAUGCGCUGACACAAAAAUCUCUUAAUCUCCCACAUAGCAGCGAUCACGUUCCUGUAGUUCUCUGUGCGGUAAAAGCAGCAAGUAUGGAACUGCGGUUGCUACAGAGCUGGCAUGAACGCAUCUCUCAAGAGCUGGACACGGUGGUGGAUUUCUGGCUUCAGCAUUCACAUGAUGAAGAAUAUGGGGGGUUCUUUACAUGUCUGGGCCAGGAUGGGAAAGUUUAUGAUGACUUGAAAUAUGUUUGGUUGCAAGGCCGGCAGGUGUGGAUGUACAGUCGGUUGUAUCGAAAAGUACCAAGAUUCCGACGCCCCGAACUCCUACAGGCAGCUCGAGCAGGUGGGGAGUUCCUGCUGGAACAUGCGCGAGUGGCCACACCUGCCCAGAAGUGUGCCUUUGUCCUGACCCGUGAUGGGCGUCCUGUGAAAAUCCAGCGUACCAUUUUCAGCGAGUGUUUCUAUGUCCUUGGGCUGGAUGAGCUUGGACGAGCAACAGGGGAACCCCGUUACCAGAGGGAAGCCCUGACAAUGAUGGAAGCCAUUGUGCGCUGGGUGAGGGAGGAUCCUUCUGAGCUGGGACGUCCACUGCUGGCAGGGAUGAUCCCACACGAUUCAAUGGCUGUUCCCAUGAUGCUCCUCAACCUGGUGGACCAGCUUUCAGAAGGGGAUGUUGAGGCUGCAAGCCGGUUCAGUGAGCUGGGGAACUGGUCUGCUCAGCGAAUACUCAUGCAUGUGCAGAGGAAUGGUGCUGCUGUGUUGGAGAAUGUUUCUGAAGAGGGCAAGGAAUUGCCAGGGUGCAUGGGAAGACAACAGAAUCCUGGUCAUGCAAUUGAAGCAGGCUGGUUCCUGUUUCGUUAUGCUCAGCGACAGCAUGACCCAACCCUCCUGGCCCAGGCUGUAGAGAAGUUUAUGAAGCAGCCAUUCCAUUCGGGCUGGGACCCUGAACAUGGCGGACUCUUUGCCUUUCAGGAUAUUGAUGAGCUCUGCCCCACACAGCUAGAGUGGAAAAUGAAGCUCUGGUGGCCACACACAGAGGCCAUGAUUGCAUUCCUGAUGGCCUUUGCUGAGACUCGAGACUGCCAGCUCCUGGAGCUAUUUGACCAAGUGGCUAAAUACACCUUUGCCAAAUUCAGUGACCCAGAGACAGGCGAAUGGUUUGGCUAUCUGACCCAGGAAGGCAAGGUGGCUCUGUCAAUCAAAGGAGGGCCAUUUAAAGGUUGUUUCCAUGUCCCCCGUGCACUCUAUAUGUGUGAAGAAAUUCUGGAAUUGCUCAAAAAGGAGACUAAAUUUACCAACCUGGAAUGAUACACUCCACCGGCUCUUGUCUUAAGUGAAGGGUUGGGUUUUCUCCGUUUUCUUCCUCCAAUGGCCCUUAAUUCCAGCUACUCUCUGAUCAUGGGAGAAAACUGAAGAACUCCCUUUCAUUUACUUCUUACUCCCAAUUCUAAUGUCUGUCUUACGCUGUUGACCACACUGGAUUUGACAAAAUGCCAUUAUGUACAAAUGUGCUGUCCAGGCCUGGCUGUGCUCCUCUUGCAGGAAAAGACUGUCAACCAUUGGUCAUGUCUGCUUCAAAGCGUUCUUAUACUACAUUGACAGCCAUGGCUUCCCCCAAAGAACCCUGCGAACUGUAGUUUGUUAAGGGUGCUGACUUAACACCUACAAUUCUCAGCACUUUCAGCAAACUACACUUCCCAGAAUUCUCCAUGACUGUUAAAGUGGCAUAAAAGUGAUAUAAAUAUAUGACGUGGAUGUGCCCAGUGCUUUGCCUCUUAUCCAUUUUGAUGGUGGGAGGUUUUCUUAUGUCCUCAGUCUUGCCCUGGUCAUGGAGUCUUUGCCAUUUGCUUGCUGACUGCUUGCUGCCCACCUCUUGCCUUUUCUUUGAGGGUCCAAAUGGAUUUAAAAGAAGAUUAGACAAAUUCAUGGAAGACAGGGCUAUCAAUGGCUACUAGCCAUGAUGGCUGUGCUGUGCCACCCUAGUCAGAGGCAGCAUGCUUCUGAAAACCAGUUGCCGGAAGCCUCAGGAGGGGAGAGUGUUCUUGCAGUCAGGUCCUGCUUGCGGGCUUCCCCCGGGCACCUGGUUGGCCAUUGUGAGAACAGGAUGCUGGACUAGAUGGGCCACUGGCCUGAUCCAGCAGGCUCUUCUUAUGUUCUUAUGAUCUGUACAAUAGAGGAUCAAUAAAAAAGAUAAUACACUGAAUGGAGUGUGUUGGCUCUACUCUUUUAAUAUAUAUUUUUUCUUCCUAUAAAGGAUACUGCAGGUAGGGGAUGAAGUUUGAGGGUCUGAGAGUGGACUAGUUUCACCGAGGUGAUACGUGCAUGUUUGGGCUAUGUGCCAUCUCAGACUGCGUGUGGGGGCUCACGUAACUAAAGAUUCCUCCAUUCAGAAAAGUGCCUCUUGACAUACAGAAAUCAAGCAUGUCCAAGCAAUGGGUUGUAGUCUAACCUUUUUUCCUAAUAUGCCCAUUUGCAAUUUUUUUAAAAGGAAGACUUAGUCAGUGGUACAGCCUAGACUCGGAAGAGGUUCCAAAGAGCCAGACAGAGAAAUCCUAGGCUUCAUCUAGGCCAGCAGUUCCCAAACUUCUUUUUCUACAGAUCACUCGAAAAUUGCUGAGAGUCUUGAUGGACCACUUAAUGAUGUUUCUGCCUGUGGUAGCAAUUGUAAUGUGCUGUACAAGAUGCUGUAUGAUUUUAAAUUGUAUUUCUAUUGCUUCUCUUAUUUAAUAAUAAUAAUAAAUUUUAUUUUUCAGUCGCCUA